AGAAAGGAAGAGCCCUAGAAACGGAAAAACAAGCGCGCGGUUAUCUGAGGAAUUACAAUCUAGCGGAGGGAAAAAUUCCGAUGGCGCAAGAUCGGAGGAGGCAGAGACCGAACAUAUUGAUCACCGGAACGCCGGGCACCGGCAAGACAACGACGUCGUCUGCUCUAGCGGACGCCGCUCAGAUCCGUCAUAUUACGGUCGGAGACCUUGUGAAGGAGAAGAGUUUGCACGAUGGCUGGGACGAUGAACUCCAGUGUUAUAUCAUCAACGAAGAUCUGGUCUGCGAUGAAUUGGAGGAUUUGAUGGAAGAAGGUGGAAUCAUUGUGGAUCAUCACGGUUGUGAUUUUUUCCCCGAGCGGUGGUUUGAUCGCGUGGUUGUUCUCCAAACUGAAAACUCUAUCUUAUAUGACCGCUUGACGAAAAGGGGAUACGAGGGAGCAAAGCUUUCGAACAAUAUUGAAUGCGAAAUCUUUCAGAUAUUACUUGAGGAGGCGCAAGAAAACUAUGAGGAGAGCAUAGUGGUGGCUCUAAGGAGUGACACCGUAGAAGAUGUAGCCAGAAAUGUUGAAGCUCUGACGGACUGGAUUAGGAAUUGGCAACCUGUACGCUAAGCAGAUAAGAAAUACGAGAUUCCUUCCUGCACCCGUUAUCUUAAUUCCGUUGUUGUGUAAAUUAUCUGCCUAUCUGGUUUAGCGAUCGGAUUGGUCUUCUAGCCAUAUCUUUAUAGUUAUAUAUUUCCAGUUCCCCAUUGUUUUGAAUCUUAGAAAGCUGCAUCUUUUUUGUUUAGCUUUUCCCCAAGUUUGUUGCAGUGUUACCAUUUCUAUAAUGGAUAAUAUCGUAGAGUUUUGGAGGAUUUUGUUAGGUGAAAGCUCCAUCAUUGUCAUUGAAGACCACAUGAAUCUCUUGAUCUGGGUGCUUGAUGAUUGAUUACACUGCGGAUGCUCGUCCCUCGGCAACAUUCUUGGUUUCUUGGGCUCAGUCGAAUUCUGAAGUACUCAACAAGCAAAUUUGGGCCUUUUGAGGGAAGGGUACAAACUACCAAGUCAUAAACUCCUGAGAUCUUUGAAUGAAUGGGCAUGUUUAAGUUGCAUAGAUGGAUGAAACAUUUGUUGG